CGUCACGGCGGCAAAGUCACAGAGCAGAAAGCUUCUCCGUAGGAAAAUCAUUCAACAGCCAACAGUAUCCUCUGCGUGCUCCUUCCCAUUCCAAUUCCAACCGCAAUGGCAGCUGCCAUGAGAAUCGCGCUCCUUGCCGUGGCGGCCAUGGCCGCCUUGAGCGCCGCGUCGGCGGCGACAUACAACGUCGGCGAGCCGGCCGGCGCGUGGGACCUCAGCACCGACUACGGCAGCUGGGUGUCCUCCAAGAAGUUCCACCCCGGUGACACCAUCGUCUUCAAGUACUCCUCGCAGGCGCACGACGUGCUCGAGGUCAGCAAGGCCGACUAUGACUCCUGCAGCGCCUCAAGCCCGAUCACCACGCUCAAGACCGGCAACGACGAAGUCGCCCUCAACGCCACCGGCACCCGCUACUUCAUCUGCGGCAUCCCUGGCCACUGCACAACUACCGGCACCGGCCAAAUGAAGAUCGCCAUCGACGUCGUGGAAGGCUCCUCCCCAUCGCCGCCCGCACCUGCCAGCGGUCCCGGCGCCAGCAGCUCUCCCCCGCCCCCCGCGCCCUCCGCCGCUACCUCCGUCCGGGCCACAGCAGGCCUUGGCCUUGUCGUCCUGUUUGCCUGUCUCUUGGCUUGAGUGCAGAUAUCUCCUGCUGCCGCACGCACAUGUGAGCUUAUUGGCCACUUCUUUCCGCUGAGACGUGUGCAGAAACGCGGCUUAAUCUUCUUAGGGGUGUUUGUUGUGGUUUUUUUUGGCUUUUGGCUUUGGCAAAAGCCACCAAAAGCAUCUAAAUAGGUGCUUUUUUUGGCUUUUGGAUUUUGGAAGCCAAAAACAAAGAUCCUAUUCUUUUGGCUUCCAAAAUCCAAAAGCCAAAAAAAGCACAUAUUUAGGUGCUUUUGGUGGCUUUUGCCAAAGCCAAAAGCCAAAAAAAGCCACAACAAACACCCCCAGUUCCCACCUUACGUCGAGUGAGCUUAUUUUAUCAGUUGUACGGUAAAAUCUCUGUAAUACCCCUAGACUGUGAUCGUGUAAUAUAGAACUUUAUACUAUGAAAUUAUUUCAUGUGUUCA